AUGUUAACAAUUGAAAAAGCAACCAUUGCAGAUUCUGGAAAAUAUUAUGUUAAAGCUGGAAACGUGGAAAUGGAAAUUCAAGUAAUUGUGAAAGAUAUGUUUAGACAACCAUUGGUUGAUGUAACAAUUAUGGAAGGUUUAGAUGCAAAGUUUGAGUUUGAAACAGAGGAAACAAACGUUCCAGUCCAGUGGUUUUAUAAAACCAAAGAGAUAAUUCACAAACCUGAUAAAAUACAAAUACAUAAACACCUAGGACGUAAACAUGCACUUACUAUAUUAAAGGCUUGUGAGGAGGAUAGUGGAAGUUACAUUAUUACAAUAAGAGGUUGUGACCAUUCUGUUGAAUUAAACGUGAAAGCCAGUCAAAAACCUCAAGUUUUAUCAAUUGAUCAGAGUGAAGAAUAUGCAGACUGUGCAUUUUGGGAUUUUGCUGGGCAGAAGGAAUUCUAUGCAACACACCAGACCUUUCUCAGUGCGAAUGCUGUGUAUCUUUUGGUUGUAGAUAUAUCUGAAGAUUUUAAAAGUAAAACAUAUGAAAAUAUGAUUGAAAAGGAAUUCGAUACCAUUGGAGAAUACAUUGACUUCUGGCUCGAUAACAUUCAUUGCUAUUGCACAGACGACAAGAAAACAGCAGCUCAAGAAAACUUAGAUAGUGUUCUUAACCCUCCUGUUAUCAUAGUUGGAACUGGGAUCGACAAAAUACCUCAGAACGAGAGAGAGGAAAGAAAACAAAAGUUUCUAAAAUAUCUGGAUGACACCAUGUCUACACAACCAAAGAGAAGACAUUUUCGAAAACCACAUUUCUUGUCAAACACAUAUCCAUCUUAUAAUAAACAGGAAUUUGAAGAACUGCGAAAAGAUAUUUUUUUUAAGGCAAAGGAUCUAUCAAAUUGGGAGGAAAAUCUCCCAGUGCGAUGGGUAGUUUUGGAAAAAGAAAUUUGCAGUAUAAAAGUGAAAAAGGAUAUCCUGCAUGCUGAAGCUGAAGGACAAACCCCAGCGUUGGAAAACAAAAAGGUAAUGUUCCAUACUGAAGCUCAAUCCUUAGCUGAUGAGUGUUCAUUUCCUAAUGUCAAACAAGAAACUUCUGAACUAGACUCUUUUCUCAAGUAUGAACACGAAAUUGGUAAUAUCGUAUUUUUCAAAGAAGUAAAAGAAUAUAUUGUAUUAGACCCAAAAUGGUUAGUAGACGUUUUCAGAUGUUUCGUCUCAAAUGAUUAUAACGACGAUACUUUGGGUAUGACAGAAUGGGAUGUACUAACCAAAACAGGAAAACUAGAAGAUACAUUGAUAGAAACAUUACUACGAAAAAUUCCGUGUCUAAUAUCGACGAAGCAUAAACAAUAUUUGGUAGAAUUAAUGGAAGAAUUUGGCAUCAUUGUAAAACCAAAAAAUAAUUCCUCCAUGAAUGACAUAUACAUGCCUUGCAUGAUCAAACCUAGGCAAUUUCAAGAAAUGUUUGGAAAGAUUGAUGAUGAAACUGAAUAUUGCAAACAGUCCUCUUGGUUCUGUCUUGUGUUCGACUUUUUACCACCGUCAUAUUUCAAUCAUGUUUUAGUAAGCUUUGUUAAAAACAAUCAGCUAUUUUAUGACAAAAAAGACAGAAGGCUUGAAAUAUAUCGCAAUGGUGGAAUAUUUCAGCUAAAUAUUAGUGGUAGCAAGAUACUUGUCAUUUGCCUCUCGAAAAAUCUAAUUGCUAUGAAAGUUGUACAGUGCAAUUCUAGUGAAGAUGUGUGUUACAGUUACAUCAAAACCCAAUUGAUAAAUCUUGUUGAUUCGAUUAAAUUACGAUAUUGUAUUAAUGUCAACUAUGAAAUAAGAUUUAAAUGCCAAGGUGGAAGUCUUUAUGAUAAUGAGGGAAUUGGUUAUGAUGAAGCAAUGGAAAAAAGUGAAUACCGAUGUACAGAUCAUAACGGAAUGCAUUCGUGCAAAGACAUAUACAGAUACUGGUUAAAGGUAAGAUACAAUUCUUCAACGUUUUAA